UUUACAGUAAAUGUAAUGUUCAAUUCUCAUUUAUCAGUCGGUACAUUAUUACAUGCUGGGCCAUCGUGUAUCAUUAAACCACAGCCAAGGCUAGUGAAUGGAGUUAAUCGCUUCCUUUUGGUUGAUUAUACACAAGUAAAACACCGAGGAAUCUGCUAUUCAACAUUGCUUUGCAAACAAAAAGGUGGCGUAGCCAUUGGCAAAUGUGGUAUCGGUAAUUCAUGUUGUGUUUUUCCACAAACCUGUAACAGUAUUUCGAUUCGAAAUUCAACCUAUUUCACCAGUCCCGAUUAUCCAUCGUUGAUAAAUGGAUCCAAAGAAACCGAAACAAAUCAUAAUUAUCAUGAUGAGGACAAUGAUGUUUAUGAUGACUUAUCAAUAAUCAAUGAACAAUCGAAAAAUAAUCAAUGUUCACUCACAAUACAUAGAAUGCCUGGCAUACACCCGAUAUGUCAAAUCAGGCUGGAUAUUAUUGAAUAUGAAAUAGAAGGUCAUCAUCAUGAUGAUACUAAUAUGAUACGCUAUUCGGAAAGUGAUCAUGGCUGUCGUUAUAUAAAUAAACAAAGCGAAAAUGCUUCUGGUUCUUCUACUAGUGGUGAUAUAUUGGAUUGGAUUACUCUAAGAGCAAUGCGUCAUGAUCAUGCUGAUAUCAUCGAGCCUUUAUGUCCAUCAUCAAAAGUAGGACAAUAUGUGAUUGUCGAUGUACAGCAACAUAUUGGUCCAUUUUAUUUAACCGUACAUACCGGGUCAUGGUCAGGCCGUCGUCGUUGGAAUCUUUUAAUCAAUCAAAUUGAAUGCGAUCGUAAUCCAAAUGAGAACGAACGUCGAAUACAGACGAAUACAAUCGAUACGAAGUAGUGACAUUUUUAUGUUAUAUUAAUAUGGACACAAUUCCUUCACAAAACAAAAACUUUUAACGGCUUAUUUUGCCCAUCAUUUGAUGACAUAAUGUA